AUGUCUUCACGUGCGAUUCGGAAACUACAAAAACUGCGUGAUUUGGAACAGCUACAAGAUGCCGAAAAUCAAGAUGAGUCAAGCGAAGAUGAAGCCCCGCGCCCCGCGAAGCCCAAGUUCAAUGCUUUCGAUCUGUUGAAUGCCGAGGAUGAGAAUGAAGAUGAGGAGGAAGAGGAAGAAGAACAAAAUGAAGAGGAGCCUGUCGAAGAAACAAAGCCCGAGCCCGCACCUACGAAGCCCAAAAAGGCCAACAAGAAAAAGAAGAAGAAGAAGGCACCCAAAUCCUCCGAACCGGUCGACACUCCACCCAAAUCCAAGGAUGCAGAAUUGGAUGAAAUUGAUAGAGCCCUCAAAGAGCUAUCAACAGGCGGUCAAUCGUUAGUCGGUGCAAAUCUAUCGGGUGCUUCCAGAGAUGCCCGCGGAGUCUCUUUCCCCAAGACCACCAAUGACCUACUCGGUAUCGAUCCCAAAUUCCUCAAUGCGACAAACGAGAUGCGCCGCCUCUUUGGAAACGUUGUCUUGGAGAACUUUGAUUCACCAGCCGAUAGCGGAUCAGGUCGCCGCCGUGAUCGCAAUCGAGAGAUGGUUGAUCUUGCUCAAGCCUUGACGGGAAGGUACAGUCCAGCCAGCAGGGGCCAGAGUCUAGGUGGAGUCACACUACGCCGGAACAUUCUCAUGCAGGGCAAAGAUGAAUGGCCCCGUGCGCCGAGUGGAGGACUGGGCAUGGAGACGGUAGAGAAAUUUACCACGGGAGAGACACUCUACCGACUAGUGCAUAACACCGCCUAUCAGGAUGUACAAAGGCAGUUUGAGCUCUGUGUCGAGUCAAUGGAUCCCCAGAGACUCAUUGGGCACCUCCAGUACAACCCAUACCACAUCUCCACGCUGCUCCAGGUGUCAGAGAUUGCCAAACACCAGGGUGACCACGCUGUUUCUGCUGAUCUAAUGGAAAGAGCUCUUUUCAACAUUGGAAGAUCGGUGCACUCUUCUUUUGCAAACCGCCUCAGGGAAGGUGAAGCCAGACUUGAUUUCAUCCAUGCCGAGAACCGAGAGCUUUGGCUUGUGGGAUGGAGAUACAUCUCCAACCUCGGAAUGAAGGGAACUUGGAGAACUGCGUAUGAAUGGGCCAAGCUACUCCUUAGUCUCGAUGACACCGAUCCGUACUGUAUGAAGCUACUCAUCGAUCACCUCGCACUCAGAGGUAGAGAAUAUGCACAAUUUGUGGAUCUAUGCACGCAGACACGUUUCAGUCGAGACUGGGCCGACCUCCCUAACAUCCAGUGCUCGCUAGUUAUGGCAUACCUUCGGCUGAACAAGCCCCAGGACUGUCGUCGGCAGCUAUCACUUGCCAUGUCCCGCUACCCGUGGCUAUUCAACAGGCUAGCACAAGAACUUGAUCUCCAGCACAUCCCCAAGCAAAUCUGGGGCAAGAUACCUCCUACAGGGUCACACGAACUGCUCACUGAGCUCUACAUUGCCCGUGCCAAGGAUCUCUGGAACACGCCAGAGGCUGUCUCUCUCAUCAUGGAAGUGGCAGACACUCUCUCCGACAAAGAACAGUCCAUCGAAACACCAGAAAUCACGCUGGAUAUUGCUCGCCAUGUAGUGCUGUCUGAUCUCCCCAAGGUGACGACCCACCUUCCGAACCAUUUUGUGGCUGGUCGACUGUCAUCCUCCGACCCUCUUCCCCCUUACGAGUCUGAAGCUUAUCGUCAGCAAUCCGAGCCUGCUCCCGUCUACGCAGCUCCUGCUGGUGGUGGCGAGAACUGGUUACAAGAUCUUCUGGGACAAAUCAACGGCGCCGGUCUCCGUCUCCCGCCACAAGAUGAACUCCCUCAGAACCAAGGCUUCGAUGAUGAGCCGGAAGAAGAGCUUGACAUGCCACGCUCUCGGCCUCCACUUGGCGAUCCCUCGGCCCUUGAACUUUGGCUCUCGCGCGAGGGCUUCCAAAAUCUUCGCAUCUUUUUGAACCAGUAUGGUGUUGACCGUGGCAAUUGGAGUGAAAAUGUCGUGGACUAUGCACCCUUGACUAAUUACCUCGAGGCAAUGGUGAUGAUCUCGGCGACAGCUCGCCAGCAAUUGCUGGAUGGCGUUAUCAAGGAAUCUCUUGGUGACUUCGUUGUCAGUAUGCUUGAAGAUGAGAUUGCGAUGAUGUUAGAUGGGGACUCGGAUUCAUAA